UUCCCUCUUUUACAAUUUCUUCAAAACCCACCCGCGGCUUAAGUUAGUCCACGCAAUAUACAAAUAUGCCGUAUGCGCACUAACACCACUGCUAUCAUCAUCUAGCGAUGGGAUGUUGCUGUGAUGAUGACGAACAGCUUCUCCAACCACUGAAUCCUUCCGAAAUCCAAAAUUCAGAUCAAAUUCCGCCGUCGGCAUCUUCCACCACCGUCGUACACGGCGGAGAAGCCGUGAUAUCCCCGAUGAAUUCUCACUUUUCAGCCUUGAUAUGCCACGAUACUCUACGCGCCAUCCUCGAGAAACUUGCUCUCCCUGACUUGGCGCGUGCUGCGUGUGUGAGUAGAAUCUGGAACUUUGUGGCCUCCGAUCGUGAACUGCAGACGAAGGCAUUUAAGGAUCCUUGGAAGAUCAAGGACGUCAUAGGCGAUCCUUCCUCCGGCAGCUUCUGGAGAGAUAACAGCCUUUCAAAAUUUGCCAUUUCUCAUCGCAUCGUCCGUGGUGAUAGUGUUGCUAGCCUCGCCGUCAAGUACUCCGUCCAUGUCAUGGGUAUAAAACGCUUGAACAAUAUGAUGAGUGACCAUGGUAUAUACUCGAGGGACAGGUUACUCAUUCCUAUUAGCAAUCCAGACUGCCUCAUCAACGGCACUUGCUAUAUAGAGCUGGAUAUAUAUGCAAAAAGGGAAGUGGCAGUUUUGUAUCUUGACGGUGGCCCUGAUCCAAAGCUCACCACAAUGUUAAAUAGAUUGACCUCAGAGAGAAGCAAGAAAAGGGUGAUAGACUCCCUACGGAGAAGCAUGCAAGUUGAUGGUGAAACUGCCCAAUAUUACUUUGCAGUAUCAGAUGGUGACCCCCGAUCUGCUUUCUCACAAUUCUCGGAGGAUCUGAAGUGGGAGAGGGAGGCAGGGUUGACUUAAGCUUGCACAUGUCGAAAGGGUCAUCCUGGUAAGAUGUGUGAAUGUAGGGAAGUUCCUGGUAAUGAGACUAGUGACGAAGGAUGUGAGGUCACAAUGAGUUGCUCCCGCAUCACCCAUCUGGUUGCUUGCCUGUAAUGGUAGGUCUGCUUCAAUAAUGAUCCUUCCUUGAAGUGAUAGGAGGAAAUGAAUCUAUCUAUUAGAAUUGCUGUUGCUGUCAGCAUAGCAAGUACAUAUAGUUUAUUCACAUUGUACUAUGUAUAGUCAGAUACAUUGUGUUUUAGUGCUUGUAUGACUGUUGAAUUCCAUCUGUAUUCAUGUAAAAUGUACACCUAAAUGAAUGAAAACUUGUAUUAUCAGUAACUUGUGGAGACAUAUGGUAUGUCAA